AUGGUCCCCAGCGCGUCGUCCGACGUCCGCGCGCUCAAGCAGCGCGUCCGCCAUCGCAGCGUGGGCGACGGCAAGUCCAUGUACUUUGGCAAGUACGUGUCGCACGAAGGGUCCGAGAAGCUCCGGACGUACCAGUACCACGGCGCGGACAAGUCGCUCGUCUUCAAGCACGUGCUCACGCCCAUGAACAACGCGCUGGUCGAGCGCCUGCCGCUCUGGCUCGCGCCCAACGUCAUCACGCUCCUGGGCCUUGUGCUCGUGGGCAGCUCCCACGCGGUGCUCGCCUGGCUCUGUCCGCUGCUCGAGGGCGACGUGCCGGCGUGGGCGCUCACGGCCGCAGCCGCUGCGCUCUUUGCGUACCAGACGCUCGACAACUUGGACGGCAAACAGGCGCGUCGGACGCAGUCGUCGUCGCCCUUGGGGCUGCUCUUUGACCACGGCUGCGACGCCCUUAACGUCUCGGUCGGGACCAUCACUAUGGCCAGUGUAUUGCAGCUGGGGGCGACGUGGAAGACUCUGGCGGUCGUUCUUAGUGGCCACUUUGCCUUUAUCUUUGCCACGUGGGAAGAGUACUACUCGGGCUCGCUCGAGCUGCCGGUGAUUAAUGGUCCGACGGAAGGCAUUCUGCUGGGAAUUGCUCUCAAGCUCUUUACGGCCUGUGUGGGUGUGGACUUUUGGACGCACGAGCUGAUCGACGGCGUGCAGAACAACUCGCUGCUUGUUUGCGUGCUGAUCGUCAGUUUGUGCGCGACGCUGCUGGUCAAUGUGCGGAAUGUCCUCAAGGCGGUGCACCUGAAUCAAGACUCGGUUCUUGUCGCCUUUACGCGACUUCUGCCGUUCAUCAUAAUUAACGCUCUUGCUGGGCUGUGGGCUUUGUACUCUCCCUCGGAUAUUUUCUUGACACACCCGCGAAUGUUCCUGUGGAUGCUCGGGCUGCUGAACAGCAAGUUGGUGCUUCAUCUCAUGUUAGCUCACUUGUGCGGGGAAGAGUACCACCCCUUUCGCAAGACGUUGGUGCCCAUCUUUUAUGUUGCUGGACACUGCGCCUUUUGCAUGAUGGAAGGCAUCUAUGACGCCAUCAACGAAGAGCUUAUUGUGCGAGAGUUCUUUUUCCUCUCAUUGGCUGCGUACGUGCACAUCGUCAUCACCGUCGUGUGGGAAGUGAAGAACGUUCUGAAUGUUUCGGUGUUUACGAUCCCGUACGACCCGCCGUCCAAGUCAUGUAGCAAGCCGGCAGCAAAGUCAUCGUAA